ACCCAGAUCACAUGAUUAUGUAGAAACAUGAAACUUGACUAUGUGUUCGAGCAAGUUUUACUUCUUCCUGGUGCAAGGGUGUUUGCCAGCAGCCUGCACUCUCAGAAGUCAGACUCAAGUGACUGUGGCCCUUGAGAGCCCAGGUUUACCAUGCUACUCCCUAGGAGGGCCAGGGACUGCUGACGUUACCACUGGACGGUUAUUUGUGGCUGAUAUCAUUACAAAAAAGAAUGGACAAGCUUAAUAAAAUAACUGUCCCUGCCAGUCAGAAGUUGAGACAACUUCAAAAGAUGGUCCAUGAUAUUAAGAACAAUGAAGGUGGAAUAAUGAACAAAAUCAAAAAGCUGAAAGUCAAAGCGCCUCCGAGUGUUCCUCGAAGAGACUAUGCCUCUGAGAGCCCUGCCGACGAAGAGGAGCAGUGGUCGGAUGACUUUGACAGUGAUUAUGAAAACCCAGACGAGCACUCAGACUCGGAGAUGUACGUGCUGCCUGCCGAGGAGACGGGGGAUGACAGUUAUGAGCCACCACCUGUCGAGCAGGAGACAAGGACAGUUCACCCAGCCCUGCCCUUCGCCAGGGGAGAGUACGUAGACAAUCGAUCAAGCCAGAGGCAGUCUCCACCCAUCAGCCAGACCCUUCCCAGUAAGCCCACCUGGCCUUCUGCUAAGGCCAGGCUGACCUCCACUCUGCCAGCUCCAACUUCUCUACAGAAACCUCAAGUUCCACCCAGGCCCAAGGACCUUGAGGAUGAGGCUGAUUAUGUGGUCCCUGUAGAAGAUGAAGAUGAAAACUAUAUUCAUCCCACAGAAGGCAGUUCACCCCCAUCUGAAAAAGCUCCCAUGGUGAAUAGAUCAACCAAGCCAAACAAUGCUUCCAAGCCAGCCCUUCCUCCAGUGACAGCUUCAGGUCGAAACAGCGGGGCCUGGGACUGUAAAUCAUCUUUACCUGCUGCGCCAUCCCCACUGCCCAGGGCCGGGAGAAAGCCAGCUACACCACUGAAGACAAUGCCACUUGCCUCUCAACAGAAUGCCUCAAGUGUUUGUGAAGAAAAACCUAUACCUGCUGAACGCCACCGAGGAUCUAGUCACAGACAAGAAGCUGUGCAGUCACCAGUGUUUCCUCUUGCCCAGAAGCAAGUCCAUCAAAAACCCGUACCUCUACCAAGGUUUCCGGAAGGGGGCAGCCCAACUGUGGAUGUUCCAUUACCCAGGUUUUCAUCUAAUUCCAAUGUGUCAGAACAGGAAGCUGAUGUUCACUGUAAGCCAUGGUACGCUGGUGCCUGCGACCGAAAGUCUGCUGAAGAAGCAUUAUACAGAUCAAACAAGGAUGGAUCAUUUCUUAUUCGGAAAAGCUCUGGCCAUGAUUCCAAACAGCCAUAUACAUUAGUUGUAUUUUUUAAUAAGCGAGUUUAUAAUGUCCCUGUGCGAUUUAUUGAAGCAACAAAACAGUAUGCUUUGGGCAGAAAGAAAAAUGGUGAAGAGUACUUUGGAAGUGUGGCUGAAAUUAUCAAGAAUCAUCAACAUAGUCCCCUGGUUCUUAUCGACAGUCAGAAUAACACAAAGGACUCCACAAGACUGAAAUAUGCCGUUAAAGUUUCAUAAGUUUUUUUUUUAAAAAGGAGGUCAACAUCACUGCUCCAGACAUUUUGCUCUAUCUCUACUUUUAAGAAAAAGUUCCCAAGCUUCAUAUUUUGGAUUAUGAAUCAACCAGUAAUAAGACAGAAGACGGAGGCUGCUUUUGAGGUGGUCGCCUGUCUCCUUGUAAGAAGCUCGCUUGGACUUGUUCUAUUGCCUGACCUAAUGAACUGUUAAUAUCUGGUGAGGAGGAGUCAUUACGCUAUUAAUAUUCUCCAAAUAAACAUUUUUAUUUAAAAGAA